AUGGCUGAAAGAAUUUUUCUCGCUGGUGCAAUAGAAAUAUUGAAGAAACUGAGCUCUUUCCCUGAGGAAGAGAUCAUUCUAAUUUGGGGUAUGAAAAAAGAGUUCAACAAACUUAAGGAGACCUUUCCCAUGAUCCAGGCGGUGUUGAGAGAUGCGGAAAUGAGGCAAGUGAAAGAAGAACCUAUCAGGCUCUGGUUGAAAAGGCUUAAGGAUGUAGCUUAUGAAGUGGAUGAUGUACUGGAUGAGUUUUCAUUUGAAGCCAUGCGAGGUAAAGUAGAUAUUCGAAAUUCAAAGAUGAAAAAGGUAUACCACUUCUUCUCGCACAGAAACAAAAUUGUAUUUCGUUCCAGGAUGGCUCAUAAGAUUAAGGACAUCAACAAAAAGCUGGAUAAGAUUGAAAAGGACAUGAAAAUGCUCAAUUUUAAGGUAGGGGAUGUAAAUGAUCGUUUUGCAAAUGAUAUAAAUCGAGAAACUGAUGCUAGCCUUGAUAAUUCACAGACUAUUGGAAGGGAAAAAGAAAAAUCAAUGCUGAUUGAUAUGUUAAUUGGCUCCUGUAAUGAAGAACUUUCAGUAAUUCCUAUAGUGGGAAUUGGGGGUCUUGGCAAGACAACACUCGCAAAAAUUGUCUACAACAAUGAGUCUGUUGUAGCACAUUUUCGUAAGAGGAUGUGGAUUUGUGUGUCAGAUGAUUUUAAUGUCAAAAGGUUGGUAGGAGAAAUGCUUGAAUCUCUUACUGGAGAAAAGCCAAAUUUAUCAAACCUUGAAGCUAUACAAUGUAAGCUUGCUGCGAAUUUACGAGGAAAAAGAUUUCUUCUUGUAUUAGAUGAUGUUUGGAAUGGUGUCCGUGAAAAAUGGGACGACUUGAGAGCUUCAUUGGUAAUUGGUGCCAAAGGAAGCAAAAUUGUUUUGACAACACGUAAAGAAGAAGUUGCAUUAAUAAUGGGGACACAUCCACCUCAACAUUUGGUAGGGCUAUCAGAAAAUGAAAGUUGGUCUUUAUUCAGAAGAAGAGCAUUUGGGAGUGGAGGAGCAACAGAGAAUUCAAAUAUGGUGAGAAUAGGAAAGGAACUUGUGGAAAAGUGUAAAGGUGUCCCCCUAGCAAUAAAAUCUCUAAGUGCCUUGAUGCACUCUAAAAAGAAUGAACAUGAGUGGUUGUCAAUCCAAUAUAGUGAAAUAUGGAAUAUAUCAGAAGAUGGAAAUGGAAUUUUAUCAGUGCUAAUAUUGAGUUAUGACCAUUUGUCCUUACCAUUGAAGCGAUGUUUUGCUUAUUGUUCCAUGUUUCCGAAGGAUUAUAGAAUUCAGAAAAAGACUUUGAUCCAAUUAUGGAUGGCUGAAGGUCUCCUUCAAUCAUCCAAUGGUUGUAAUAAAUUGAUGGAGGAUAUUGGUGAUGAAUAUUUCAAGUCUCUGGUGUGCAAUUCCUUCUUCCAAGAUGUAGAGAGAGACAAAUAUGGAGAGGAAGUAGCAUGUAAGAUGCAUGAUCUUGUGCAUGAUCUUGCACAAUUUAUCAUUGGAAAUGAAUGCAUGAUGGUGGAGGAUUUUGAUAAGGUAGAACCAAAACUGGAAACUCGCUACCUAUCAUUGGUUGGUUGCAUAGAAACUACUCCAAAAAAAUUUCAUAUCAUGGAGAGAGUCUGUGCUCAUCUCUGGUUGGGUAAAAAUAUUCGUGGUCAUCAUAUUUCUGCCGAUAUGUUCCUGAACUUCAGGAGCUUGCCUGUACUAGAUUUAAAUGAUGCCAGGAUUAAAAGCUUGCCAUCCACAAUCGGUGAGCUGAAGCAUUUGAGGUAUCUUGACCUUUUGGGAAAUAAGUUUGAAACAUUACCUAAAUCAGUUACUAAUCUCUAUAAUUUGCAGACUUUGAAAGUAUUACGUUGGUACAAUUAUUUGAGGUUGCCCAAAGGAGUAACAAAGAUGAUUAACUUGAGGCAUCUAGAAUUCGAUGACAGAACAUUGAGAUUUCCCAGAGGUAUAGGGCAGUUAACUAACCUCCAAACCUUAUCUUUGUUUUUAGACACACAGGAUUUUGAAGCUGCUGGUAUUCAGGAGCUCAAGAAUCUACAGCAACUGCGCGGUUUGAAUUUAUACAAUCUGGAGAUGGAGAAGAAUGCAAAAAAGAAUGCUACAGUGGCAAAUUUAAAAGGAAAACCAAGACUUGGAGAAUUGUGCUUGGAAUGGAACUACCCGGAGAGUGAUAAUGAUGUUUGUAAAACAUUAUUAGAAGAUCUCCAACCUCAUCCAAAUUUAAUUUCAUUGCAGAUACGGGGUUUCACAGGCUUGGUACUUCCUACUUGGAUGGAUGGAAGCUCAUAUCUAUCAUCCCUUCAGGAUCUCCAGCUAGACGAAUGCACCAACAUCAUGUCUUUCUAUUUAGUAGGCUUGAGCUCUCUCCGUAGACUACAGAUUGUUUCCUGCACGAAUCUAAGAUCUUUAGGACUGAAGGGACUCACUUCCUUGGAGGCCAUUAGAUUACAGGAAUGUAAGAAGCUGAUUUCCAUAGGAGUUCCUAAUAAGGAGGACGGCAUGCCAGUCCUCAUCAGCCUCAGGAUACUAGAGAUCAAUUGCUGUUAUAGUCUUGCUACUCUACCGGAUGGGUUUUUCAUCCUUCUUAGAUCUCUAGAGACAUUGCAGGUAAGCAAUUGUUCAAUUCUGAGGGCUCUGCCAGAUAGCAUAGGGAACCUCUCGUCCCUUCAAAUGUUGAUAAUCGAGGGAUGCGAUAAUUUGACAUCUUUACCAGAUGGAAUGCAACACCUGAGGUUAUUACAGACACUGAAGAUCUUUGAGUGUCCAUAUCUUGUAGCAUUACCAUACAGUUUGGGAGAUCUCUCAUCUCUCCGAGAGUUAGACAUAUGUGACUGUCCAGGUCUCAUAGCAUUACCAGAGAGUCUGGGAAAUCUCGUAGCACUUGAAAAGUUGAGGAUAUUUGAUUGUCCGGGUCUUGAAGCAUUACCAAAGGGCUUGGGAAACCUUUCGUCACUUCAAGUGCAGGGGUUGGAUACAGGAGACAGUCAGGACCUGACUGUAUUACCAAAGAAUUUGGGAGAUCUCACAUCAUCACUUAAGGAGUUGGAAAUUUAUAGAUGCCCUAAUCUGGCGUCUUUACCUGAAGGGAUCCGUUGCUUGAUGUCAUUAAAGAAAUUGUCCACUGUGAGAUGCCAUAAUUCAAUGUCCUUUCCUGAUUGGAUACAAGACCUCGUAUCUUUACAUACACUGCAUAUUGCAGGUUUUGAAAAUCUUGGGGUACUGCCAGACGGUUUGAAGAACCUCUCCAUACUUCGAGAGUUGCAUAUUGGGGAAUGCCUUAAUUUGAUGUUCUUACCGGAUUGGAUACAAGAGUUUACAUUGUUAAAGAAACUCCACAUAGAAAUGCUCGAAAAUCUUAGGGCACUGCCGGAGGGCCUGGAAUACCUCUCAUCACUUGAAGACUUGUUCAUCUCACACUGCAAGAGUUUGAUGUCUUUACCGGAAGGGAUACAAAACCUCAGAUCGCUAAGGCGUUUGAAUAUAAUCUAUUGUCCUCAACUGGGUGAAAAAUAUAAGAGGGGUGAAGAUGGGAAUUGGCCUAAAAAAAUUGCCCACAUCCCUUAUAUCGGAAUUGUUCCACUGACAGGCUGA